AUGGACAGUUAUGUUGCAAUUAACUCGAACCCGCCGGCCAGACAAUCGGGACGGACGGUGGAAUCAGGAACAGACGAAGAACAAGGACAGACAAAGUUGACUAUAAUUCUUUCUAUUUUUCUUUCUUUUCUCUCUCUUUCUUUUCGCUCUUUCUUUCUCUCAUCCACUUUUGUGUCUAACGUUUCUUUUUCUUUCGUUUUUCUUUCUUCCACACUUUUUUCUAUCUAUUCUUUUUUUCUUUCGCUCUUUCUAUCUUUCUUUCCUGCUUUCCUUCUUUCUUUCUUUCUUUUCUCUUUUCACCGAUCUUUUUUUCUUUUUUCACUGGUCUUACUUUCUUUCUUUCUUGGUCUUUCUUUCUUUCUUUCUUUCUAUUUCUUUCUUUCGUUUUUCUUUCUUUCUUUCUUUCUUUCUUUCUUUCUUUCUUUCUUUCUUUCUUUCUUUCGUCCUUUCUUUCUUUCUUUCUUUCUUUCUAACCUUUUGCUUUCUUUUUUCCUCUCUUACUUCCUGUUUUCUUCUUUCUUUCUUUCCUUUUUCUUUCUUUCUUUCUUUCUUUCUUUCUUUCUUUCUUUCUUUCUUUCUUUCUUUCUAACCUUUAGUUUUCUUUUUUUUUCUUCCUGUUUUCUUUCUUACCUUUUUCUUCCUUUCUUUCUUUCUUACUUUCUUUCUUUCUUUCUUUCGUUUUUCUUUCGUUUUUCUUUCUUUCUUUCUUCCACUCUUUUUCCUAUCUUUUCUUUUUCUUUCUUUCUUUUUUUCUUUCUUUCUUUCUUUUCACCGAUAUUUAUUCUUUUUUCAGUGGACUUUCUUUCUCUUUCUUUCUUUCGUUUUUUUUCUUUCUUUCUUUCUUUUUACUGA